GAGACGUGAGCAAGGGGGGGUGCGUGCACGACUUUUGAAAGGAGCAAACCUGCAUCACGGCUACUCGCUCCCUCCUUCCCCACCACCACUACCCCUCGCACGCUCCUUGCCACCCGUGGUCUCGCCCCCACCAUUUACUGUAGCACGGCCCUAUUGCAACUUGCUGCUUGCUGCUGCACCUGCUCGACUUUCUCACCCACCGCACUGCACCACGUCACCCCCGCACCGCCAGCUAUAUAACAGCUGUUCUAUCGUCAACACCCCGGCAUGACAGUUGCGAUGCGCGCCCCGGCACUCCACGACAUCCGGAUCCACAUGUGCGUAGCGCCGCCAUGGGCGGAAUGGGUACCGCCCUAUCCCUCGCCCGCCAAGGGUUCACAAACAUCAAUGUGUGGGAGCAGGCGCCGUAUCUUGACGAGGUGGGCGCCGGUAUCAACAUUCCCCCAAACCUCGGCCGCAUCCUCACGCGCUGGGGCGUGAUGGAUAUCUGCAAGGCCGAGGGCGUCGCGAUCCAGGUGGCCAACGUGCAUGACUGCGAAACGGACGAGGUUCUGACCGCAACAAACUACUCGGACUACAUGAGGCAAGAGUACGGGCACCCAUUCAUUACGGUGCAUCGGUCCGCGCUGCAAAAAUCGCUGGUCCGCGGCGCGCUCGACACUGGCCGCGUGACCCUUCACCUUGACCAGGUGAUUUCAGAGUACGACUUUGAGAACACACGGCUGCUUGUGCGCGACGACGAGGUCGACCUCGACGAGGACGGAUACCCCGUCGAGGGCGAGCUGGUGUGGAUUGACGCCGACCUGAUCAUCUGCGCCGACGGUAUCAAGUCCAAGGCGCGCGCGGCGCUGCUCGAGCAGCAGGGCAUCAAGGACGAGGUCGAGAGCACGGGGCAGGCGGCGUACCGUAUCAUGGUGCGAAAGUCGCUCGCGGCCAACGACCCAGAACUCCUCCCCUUCUUCACUGAGGCGCAGUCUCACCGCUGGAUCGGCGAAAGACGUCACGUCAUGGGUUAUCCCAUCGAGGCAGGCGACCUGUUCAACAUCUCGACCUCGCAGCCAGACGGCAACUUUGUCGAGGAGGACGAGUGGACGGCAAUGGGCGACAAGGACACGAUGCUCGAGACGUUUGCCGACUUUUGCCCACGCGUCAAGAAGCUGCUCUCCCUGGUCCCGCAGUACGAGGUGCUCGAGUGGCGUCUGCGCGUCCACAAGCCACUCCCCUCCUGGGUGGACGGGCACCUCGCGCUCGUCGGCGACGCAUGCCACCCUACACUGCCGCAUCUCGCCCAGGGCGCCGCGCAGGCGAUCGAGGACGCGGUCGCCCUCGGCAUCAUCCUCAGCCGCAUCAAGUCCAAGGACCAGAUCCCCGCCGCGCUCAAGGUCUACCAGAAGAUCCGCAAGCCGCGCGCCGACUGGGCCGUGCACACCGCCGACGAGAACUCGAAGCACCUCCACCUCAAGCGCGAGGACCGCGACGCGUGGGUCGCCGACCUGCGCGCUGCCCUGCCAGAGGGCGAGGAGAACGUCGUCAUUGACCGUCUUGGAUCGAGGGACACACACGACCGCCUGUUCCGCUACGAUAUCGCCCUCGAGACCGAGCAGCAGUUCUCCAAGUUGUUCGCCGAGGAGCUCAUGGCUGGUGAGGCAUGAGUCGCGCGCGCGGCCGGGUUUGGGUUUCGCUCAACUUGGUCUAGUCAGCUUCCAGUAUGUGGCCUGAGAUGCGCCGCCCCCAAGGCGAGGCGCCGUGACCCCCGAGCGCAGGUUUGGUAUCGUGACGAUCAUGUAUGUUAUGCCUUUUG